UCUCAGUAUUCUGUGGGUUUGUUUUGGAAAUCUCCCGCGCUCUUUGUUUUUUCGUAUUUUCCCUUUUUUCAUAUUUUCCUGGUGGAGUUUUUCUUGAAAAUCAAAGUGCAGUGGUCACAAUGGAUUACUAUCCAACGGAGGAGGAAGAAUAUGAGCUGAUGUACGGCGAUGAAUUGGAGAUGCUGGACGAUGAUGUUGCUGCCACUCCGCAAAAUCCUGCUCCGAAAAUUGCAGCAAAGCCCACGCAACCUCCAAAGCCAACACAGGAAAUCUUUCCGGACAGUCCUGCAUUGUCUCAAAUAUCCAGAAUUGACCAAAUCAAUCGGAGACUGUUUGAUGACAGUGUCUCUAUGCCCAAUGCCUCGACUCCUCUGGUUUCCGGAAGGGUCAUUUUGAAUGGGAAUGAGACUCCAGUGGCUGUGGGGAGUAGGAAGCGACGCCUUGAGGGGCUGUAUGAGGAGAAUCUGUUCAGUCCGGGCUGGCAGAUGAAGCAGCAACAGAAGAAACAGAGGCAGGAGGAAGAUAGAGAUACCCGGAUGAUUGAGCAGAUAUUGGAGGCCAGGAAGAGGACAAUGGAAAUGGUGAAUCCAAUGAAAUCGAGCAAUUUGUCUCGAUUGGAGCAGCUGCAUAGGUUCAAGAUGCAAAAUUUGUCGUACAGCCUGCCUAAUUAUCCCUUCCAGACGCUCUGCAGGAGCGAUGGGGAGAGGAUUUACGUCCGGACGCACAAUGAGGAUUUUGUGCAGAAGGCUGUGGAUGAGGUUAGGAUUGUCGGGAGCUUCAGGGAAUCCCUUUUGGGGGAUGAAAAGGCCAAAAUCUGGAAUGAAGCACGAGAAAUAACACUGAAACGGAUUUCUGGGCAGGAAAAUCCUCCGGAAGUUGUGGAGAUUCAGGUGAAUUCAGUUCAGGGAGAUCUCUGGGUGGAGAAAUAUCGUCCGAAGAAGUACAGAGAUCUCCUUUCUGACGAAUCCACAAAUCGCUGUUUGCUUCAGUGGCUGAAAAUGUGGGACAAGGUCGUUUUUAACCGGGACAUUCAGCAGAAAGUAGCUCCUGGAAAGCCACUGAAUACCUUCAAUAAGCAAACGGGAAAAUUUGAGAGCACUGGAGGCUGGAGGAAAACCUUCCGGACAAGGAAUAAUCUCCUAACUGAUCGAGAUGCUCUAGGGCGUCCAAUUCAGAAGAUUGCUCUACUCUCGGGGGCUCCAGGCCUGGGCAAAACCACCCUGGCACAUGUAAUUGCUCACCAUGCCGGAUACAAUGUCCUGGAAGUCAAUGCAUCCGAUGACAGAACUUCAGAAGCCUUCCGGCAAGUCCUGGAAGAUGGAACACAAAUGAAGUCCCUUCUGACCAAGGAAAAUCGUCCAAAUUGCCUGAUUUUUGACGAAAUUGACGGAGCUCCGGCAACUUCCAUCGAUCUCCUGAUCAAAUUUGCCUCUGACACAAUGGCUCCGGCUCAGAAGGGUGCAAAAAAGGGAGGAAAAGCUCAGAAAAAUGUUCUCAAGAGACCAAUUAUCUGCAUCUGCAACGACAUCUAUUCGCCGGCUCUGAGACAGCUCAGACAGAUGGCGUUGGUGGUUAAUUUUCCGCCUCUGAACAGCGAGCGGCUGGCUGAGAGGCUACUAUCAAUUGCCCUGAAGGAGAAGGUCCAGACGGACUUUGGGGCACUCCUGUCGCUAGCUGAGAAGACAGGAAAUGAUGUUAGAUCUUGCAUUUCAAUGAUCCAGUUCUUCAGCGCCACUCAGAAGCCCCUGAUGCUGAGUGACGUUCUCAAGGGGAAUAUUGGGCAGAAGGAUCAGCAUAAGGGAUUAUUUGCCAUCUGGGCCACCAUCUUUCAGACUCAACGGUUUAAGCCUCCCGUUUUUGAUGGGAAUCUACAAAAUCCUUCGGAAUUCCCAUCCCAAAUGAAACGUCCGCCCUCGAAGAUGGAAAACAUCGUGAAUGUUGUGCAAUCUGGAGGAGACUACGAGAGACUGAGUCAGGGAAUCUUUGAGAAUUACCUGGCUCAGAAGGUUUCAGAUGCAGCUAUGCAGAAUACUGCUGAAGUUGCAGAUUGGUUUGUCUUCUCGGAUUCCCUCCAGAAGAUGAUCAAUCAGCAGCAAAAUUACUCAAUCUACCCGUAUCUGCCCUACACCUUCGCCAUGUGGCACAGUCUCCUGGCCACUCUGCAGCGCGCCAAUAUCUCCUUCCCCAGCAAAGGAUUUGAGUCUUCGCAGAAACUUCAGACGCACAAAAUGCUCAUGAUUGCCUUGAGAAAGGGUCUGGGGAGCACAGUUCGGGGCAUUGGGGAGGGCUGUGUGAUGCUCCUGGACACUCUUCCACUCAUUCGGAGAAUUCUAAGUCCAAGCAUUCGGUCAGUUUCUCUGCAAUUGCUCACUCCCAAGGAGAGAUCCGAUCUGCAGCAUGCAGUCGAAGUGAUGGCGGAUCUUGGGGUGAAAUUUGUGCAAGUUAAGGGAAUCGAUGGAGCUUUUAAGUAUCAAAUGGAACCAGAUAUUGAACUGCUAAGUUUCUUCCGGAGCUCGGAAGAUAUUCCUCUGAGCUACUGGACGCGACAGCUAGUUGCCCGGGAAGUUGAUCUGGAGAACAUGCGAAGGGCAAAGCCAAAAGUUGGAGAAGUGUCCAAGAAGAAACAUGAGGCCAAAACUCCGAAUCAUCUGCAGAGUCUUCAGCCGAAGAAGGUCGUGGGAAAUGUCUCCAAGUACAAAGAAUUGGUCGUGAAGGAUUUCUUCGGGCGAGUGGUGAAGAAACAGGCUCCUCUUUCUGUCAAAGAAGGUGGAAUUGAUGGAAUUGUAAAGAGUCCGAUUUGGUAUCGAUUUAAGGAGGGCUACAACAAUGCUGUUCGGAAGGAUAUAACACUGUCAGACUUCAUUUAGGGUUGCAAGAUUCAAAGAUAAAAGCACAUUUUUCUGCAUAA